GGGAGGGCGGCGGGAGUUGGUGUUGGCGACCGUGCCCACGGUCUCCUGGCAUCCCCGGGCCGGGUGGGCGUUGGGGGGGGGGCCCUGACACCGCCGACUCCGCGCCCUGGCAAAGCUGCGCCCUCGGGCUCCACGGGCGCCCUCCAAGGUGGGCCCUGCGUUCUCGUUUCACGGGCGAGGAGGCUUGGGCAGAGAGACGAAGCCACUUGUCCAAGGUCACGCAGCUGGGUCUCCAUCACCCAACUCCAUGCUUCGAGUCCUGCUCUCUGCCCAGGCCUCCAGUGCUCGGCUGUCUGGCCUGCUGCUGCUCUCACCAGUACAGCCCUACUGUCUGGGGCCCAGCAAAUGGGGAGACCGGCCUCCUGGAGGAGCCCCCCAUGCAGGCCCUGUGCAGGGGUUGCAGCGGCUUCUGGAACAGGCGAGGAGCCCUGGGGAGCUGCUGCGCUGGCUGGGCCAGAACCCCACCAAGGUGCGCGCCCACCACUACCCUGUGGCACUCCGUCGCCUGGGCCAGCUCUUGGGGUCUCAGCCACGACCCCCUCCUGUGGAGCAGGCCACACUGCAGGACUUGAGUCAGCUCAUCAUCCGAAACUGCCCCUCCUUUGACAUUCACACCAUCCACGUGUGUCUGCACCUUGCAGUCUUACUUGGCUUCCCAUCAGAUGGGCCCCUGGUGUGUGCCCUGGAGCAGGAGCAAAGGUUCCGCCUCCCUCCGAAGCCGCCUCGCCCUCUGCAGCCUGUCCUUCGUGGCGGGCUAAGGUUGGAAGCUGCUCUGAGCUGCCCCCGUGUCCAGCGGCAUCCACAGCAGCACCUGAUCCGCAGCCUGGCAGAGGCCAGGCCGGAGGAUCUGACGCCCCACGUGAUGGUGCUCCUGGCCCAGCACUUGGCCCGCCACCGGUUGCGGGAGCCCCAGCUUCUGGAAGCCAUUGCCCACUUCCUGGUGGCGCAGGAAGCCCAGCUCAACAGCAAGGUGGUACAGAAGCUGGUCCUGCCCUUUGGGCGACUGAACUACCUGCCUCUGGAACAGCAGUUUAUGCCCUGCCUUGAGAGGAUCCUGGCUCGGGAAGCAGGGGUGGCCCCCCUGGCAACUGUCAACAUCUUGAUGUCACUGUGCCAGCUGCGGUGCCUGCCCUUCCGAGCCCUGCACUUUGUUUUUUCCCCAGGUUUCAUCAGCCACAUCAGUGGCACCCCUCACGCCCUGAUUGUGCGGCGCUACCUCUCCCUGCUAGACACGGCCGUGGAGCUGGAGCUCCCAGGAUAUCGGGGUCCCCGCCUUCCCCGAAGGCAACAAGUGCCCAUCUUCCCCCAGCCACUCAUCACCGACCGUGCCCGUUGCAAGUACAGUCACAAGGAUAUAGUAGCCGAGGGGCUGCGCCAGCUGCUGGGGGAGGAGAAGUAUCGGCAGGACCUGACCGUGCCUCCAGGCUACUGCACAGACUUCCUGCUCUGUGUCAGCAGCUCUGGUGCUGUGCUCCCCGUGAGAACCCAGGACCCCUUCCUACCGUAUCCUCCCCGGUCCUGUCCCUACACAACCCGCGACCCUGCCCAAAGGGUGGUACUGAUGCUGCGGGAACGCUGGCAUUUCUGCCGGGAUGGCAGAGUGCUGCUGGGCUCACGGGCCCUGCGGGAGCGGCAUCUGGGCCUGAUGGGCUACCAGCUCCUGCCGCUACCCUUCGAGGAACUGGAGUCACAGAGAGGCCUGCCCCAGCUCAAGAGCUACCUGAGGCAGAAGCUCCAGGCCCUGGGCCUCCGCUGGGGGCCUGAAGGGGGGUGAGGGCGUGCACACGGGUUCAGGAUGGCACCCCCCCCAUUGGGGGGUGGACAGUUUGCACUUUGGCUCCUUCUGCUUUGAUUUGUCAUUAAAGUCCCUUUCCUUCCCUGUU